UGAUUACAGUGAUCGAGUUUAUAGAGUAAAUUGUUUCUCAAUAGUUCUCAGGUUUCUUUCUUUAAGUAACUACUACAUUAGACUACAGAAUAGUCGGUAGCUUUAACAUUUAUUAUUAAAAGAAGUUUUAAGAUUGACUUACUGUCCAUUGUUCGAUUGUGUUUAUUGUGUCUAGUUUCAAGAUAAAGAUGCCAAUGUCAUCAGCUGUUGAUGUUUGAAAAUAUCUAAUCUUUACGUGACGAUUGCAAGAUUGAUUGAAUUGUCAAUUCACAACAAAAGCUAGGCUUUGCGCAAAGCCAAAAACCAUUAUGAGUACAUCGGCGGGCGGUGCAUAUAACUUCAAAGUAGUGUUGUUGGGCGAGGGAUGCGUCGGCAAAACGUCACUUCUGCUGCGUUACAUCGAGGACAAAUUCAACGACAAACAUCUUACUACGCUUCAGGCUACCUUUCUUAACAAGAAAAUAAAUAUAAACGGAAAGCGCAUCAAUCUCUCCAUUUGGGACACAGCUGGACAGGAGAAGUUCCAUGCACUCGGGCCAAUAUAUUACCGAAAUUCUAAUGGUGCAAUCCUAGUAUAUGACAUCACCGAUGAAGAUUCUUUUGUAAAGGUUAAAAAUUGGGUAAAAGAGCUAAAGAAAAUGCUGGGUCCGGAUAUUGUUUUAUUGAUAGCUGGCAACAAAAUUGACUUGGAGCAUGAGAGAACAGUGCCUCUAGAAGAAGCAGAAAGUUAUGCAGCAAUGGUUGGUGCUAAACAUUUCUACACAUCUGCAAAAUUAAAUCAAUGUGUUGAGGAUCUUUUUUUGGAGCUGACUCGUGAAAUGGUUGAAAAAUUUGAACAGAACUCCCAACAGGAAGACAACCGAACUUCUCGGGUCCUUGUGGUUGACGAUGAGGCCCCUACUCAAUCCUCUUGUUGUUCCGGCUCCAGAAGCAAUUAACCAUUCUUCUUUACUUAUGGACAAUAACUAAAAAUCUUGCUUGUUUAAAGUACGAAAAAAUACUUAUAUCAAUAUUCAAUUAACCUUUUCAAUGCAUUAUGAUAGCAAACGGCACUUUGUUUGAAAACAUGAAAUUCCACUGAUAAUGCUGGUACUCAUUGAAAAGCCCAUAAAAAGUUAAUAAAUGUAAGUUAUGAUGGGAUUUAUUUUAAUCUGCUAUUGUUGAAAAAUUAAAUGAGCAAUGCGAGUUAGCAUUUACAAUGCAUUAAACCUCUGGUUGUAAGGAUAUUAUGACACCAUAUUAUUCUAAUGUAUAUUUUCUAUUUUAUCAAAGAAGUGAUAAAGUAAUAAUGUAGAUGUGAAAAUGCGAAUUUAUAUACUUAUUUCAAAAUUAUCGAACAAAUAAAAUACUUAUAAAAUAUAGAUUAUUUGUUACAAUGACUAUUGUAUGUAUUGUUAUGAGUGAUAUAUUUACAUAACGUAAAUAUCUGCUUACAUCGUUGUAGUUUUGGAUGUCCAGCUGUGUAUGAACAUUGUUGUAGGAAUAGGAAUCACUAUUAUUAGCAUAUGCGUUACAUAAGGUUUUUGUAAUAUAAAUAUUGAAAUAAACAUAUAAUAAGGUUUAAAAGUCAAUGUAUUUUAGAUAUGAUCAUAAUUGGAAGUGUGUACUGUCUCUACUGUUUAAUUUAUGCACUUUGAAAAACAAACCGCUUGAAGUUGUUUUCUAGCUGUUGUAUACAUUUUAAACUAUUUAGAUAAGGCGAAUAUACAGACUUGUGCUUUUUUUAA